AUGUCUGAGCGUUUGGAAGCCGGCCAACAACUGGUCAAACAGACCAUGGAUCAAAUGAUUCAAGAGAAAAAUACGACAGGAACCGUUAGCAUACAAGCUCGACAGGAAUUCCGCGAGUCAUACCAAGAGAGCUACGAAGAAGAGUAUGAGGAAGAAACAUUCAUCGAUCAAUUCGGGAAUAAAACAACAAAGAGUGUUGAAUCGAGUAGCGAGAGCAAAGAACAUUCAAAAAGUGCAGAUGUUAGGGUGAAGGCGUCUGGUUUGAAUGCGGACCAACUUAAAGCCCUGACGGAGUGUGCAAAUGAGGCGGGCCAACUCGCGCUUGAUUCUAAAGCAGCCAAUUAA